CCUGUGCCUGUCCCAACACUGGCGUGUUAUUGACUUAGCAGCAAACACACACACUCACACACACACCUCUGCCCCUGGGUAAUAGGCACAAGUCACCUCUGCCUGCUGCCUCUCUGAAGCUCUGCAGCAGAAACUUGCAUCAAAACCCCGCUCCAACGCAGCUCCGUGGCGUGGUGUGGUCAUGCCACAGCCUUGACCGUGCAGCUAGCUGCCAUGGCACCAGCACUCGAAAUAGCCCAUGGCCACCACGAUUGGGACCUCCCCCGGCUCAAAGCCUCGAUCGGUUUCGAAGAUGAUUUCCAGUACCUGCACUCGGACGAUCAGGAUACCGAAUUCUUCGAUGUCAAGUUCUAUCCUUAUGGGGCCCCUGACCAUGACCCGAUAUUCGCCGCCGUCAGCAAAAAACAUAUUGUAAUAUACAGAUUGUGCAAUACAUCACAGCCUCCCUAUGAGCUGGUGCAGCUCAUCAGGGACGAUGAUGAAGAAGCAUUGAACUGCACUUGCACAUGGACGAAGGAUCCCGAGACAGAGAUACCUUUUCUGUGUGUUGCUGGGAGGGAUGCCAAGAUCAAGGUGUAUGAUGUGAUACACGGCAAGCUCGUCAGAGUUCUUGUUGGCCACGGAUCUGAGAUCAACGACUUGUCGACAUGUCCUACCAACUUUCUUCUAAUUGCUUCAGCAUCGGACGACACAACAGUGCGGAUCUGGAGCCUCGACGCAGCAGACAAGGAUCAGCCGUGCGUUUGUCUGCUUGCAGGAGAGGGUCAUUCCUCCAGCCUCCUGACAGUGGCAUUUCACAAUAACGGCCGAUAUUUGCUCUCCGCUGGACAUGACAAUGUCGUUUGCAUGUGGACACUCCCUGAUCUACCCAAGGCAUCGCGAGAGAAGCAGCCGCCAGCGCCAGUCGUGGUCCAUUAUCCACACUUCUUCACGUCCGAGGUCCACAGUGGCAUUGUAGACUGUGUGGCUUUCUUCGGGGAUCUGGUCAUGUCACGGGCAUGCCAUGAAGACAUAAUAGUCCUCUGGCAGAUUGACGGCUUCUCGUCUGACGACCCUCUACCGACACCACUAGAGGCGCCCACAACGAGUGAUACUGAACGUCUGACACGAUCCGCAUUCGUUCCAACAACAGCCUCACAGUACACGCGCCUCAUACAAUUCCACACCCCCGGUUGUGGAUUCCAGUUCUACAUGCGCUUCAAAAUAUUCCAUGACGCGAAGAAGCACCCGGUCCUUGCGUUCGGCAGUGCCCACUCGGAGAUUUUCUUCUGGGACCUCGCGCGGCUUAUUACUUACCACGAUUUCAUGGACGAGUACACGGACACUGGUAGGGACAAGACAGCGGCAGUGCAGCGCCCUUCUUGGCUACAACCGUCGAAGGCGAAAGCUAGGACCGGGCCCGACUCGUUGAGUAGAGUCAGGGAGGGAAGCGACAGGAACUCGGUAGAGUCAGGUCGGACUGGGAGCAUGGAUGUGGACGCUCCAGCAGCGCCGCCAGCAGGUGCAGCUGCCGCCACGAGAGGAUCGGCAAACACGACAGCAGCCGCCGCAGCAGCACAAGCAGGAGAACUCGCCAUUCCGCCGGAAACCCUGGCGGCGUGGGCGGCCAAAUACGAUACUACCCGCGUCGAGGAUGCCAUCAAGGCGCACUCCACCAGUAAGAUCACCAUCAAGGAUUUUGUUGGGCGGCAGGUGGCGUGGAGCGCAGGGGGAGACUGGUGUGUGGUGGUGGGCAGCAAGAACCUGGCCAUCAUCUUGCAGCGGUGGGACAAGAAGGACAAGAGUGACGAGAAGAAGGCCUGAUACGUAUAGGGUUGUCCACGAGAAUCGCAAAGUCUCUCAGAAGGAGAUGGAGAGUUGACUGGCAACCUCGCCCAGGGAACGAUGCCUCUAGGUGACUGGCAUGGUUGCUUUAUGUAAGGUCAGACGCUAGGAAAUUCAUGCGACGUGAGGGAACAUUCUUGUUGCUGGCGACAGAUCAAGAACUCGUUGCAUGCUGGUGAACACGGCUGUGAUAGAAUGUCCAAACAAUGGAUUAAUUGUUCGGC